GGACUACAUGACAAACUUCCCCUUUCUGUUGCGGCCCAAGCACGAAAGUGAACAUAUUGUUAUUGCUGGUUUUUUUUUUUUCCUUUGCCUGCCUUAUUAUAAAUUAAUGAUAGGCCACGGAAAGAGUUCGAUCGAUCACAAACACCAGAUUUUCAAUCGGAGGAGAAGCCUCCGUCAUCGUUCCUACCCAAUAUUCCUAAUUAACCAAAAUUUACAAAGAUUGGUGAUGGCUGGACAGUCCAGGAAAUGGAUGAUUCUAGUGGCGACUAUUUGGAUUCAAGCGUUCACAGGGACGAAUUUCGAUUUCUCCGCAUAUUCCUCGGAGAUGAAGAAGGUGCUAGGGAUAUCGCAGGUGCAGUUGAAUUAUCUGGCAGUGGCAUCGGAUAUGGGGAAGGUCUUUGGGUGGUCUUCUGGGUUGGCUCUCAUGUAUUUUCCUUUGUGGGUGGUGCUCUUCAUGGCUGCUUUCAUGGGACUUUUUGGUUAUGGAACCCAAUGGCUCGUCAUCAGGAAUGCCAUCUCUUUGCCUUAUAUGCUGGUUUUCUUUCUGUGUUUGUUAGCAGGAUGUAGCAUAUGCUGGUUCAACACAGUUUGCUUUGUUCUUUGCAUAAAAAACUUCCCGGCUAACCGAGCCCUUGCUUUAUCCCUCACAGUAAGCUACAAUGGUGUAAGUGCAGCCCUGUACGCCCUUGCUGGUGAGGCAAUUAAUGCAUCAUCCAGUUCGCUAUAUCUUCUUCUGAAUUCCAUUGUUCCCCUUAUCUUUUCGAUUGCAGCACUCAUCCCAAUUCUUCGCCAAACCUCGGUGAACCCUCUUUCCCCCGAGGCAGUCCGCAUCGACUCCAUUAUGUUUCUAGUAUUGAACGUGUUAGCCGUUUUAACCGGUGUUUAUCUCCUUAUUUUUGGUUCAAACACAUCAGAUUCAAGUACAACAGCUCGUCUCCUCCUUGCUGGAGCAAUUUCUCUUCUGGUUUUCCCCUUAUGUAUUCCUGGUGUUGUCUAUGCUCGACAUUGGUUCCAUCAUACUGUUCACUCUAGCUUCCACCUCCGAGGAUCCGGCUUCAUUCUUGUGGAUGAUGACGAUCUCGAGCUUCAUAAACGGCUGGUAAGCCGUGAGGCUAGUUCCAAUGAUCGGAAUGGCUCAAUGAGUGAUGAUGGAUCUGAAUAUAAACUUGGCAGCGAAAAGUGCAUUAAAGAUGAAUUAGACCGUACAAGAUGUUAUGAGAAAAUGAUUGAAAAAGAUCAACUGGUAAUACUAGGUGAAGAGCACCCAGCCCAAGUACUUGUUGGGAGAUUGGAUUUUUGGCUGUAUUACAUUGCAUAUUUUUGCGGGGGAACAAUUGGGCUUGUGUACAGCAACAAUCUAGGACAGAUUGCACAAUCACUGGGAGAGAGUUCCAAUACUACCUUACUGCUCACUCUUUAUUCAUCCUUCUCCUUCUUUGGCCGCUUGCUUUCAGCUGCACCUGACUAUGUUCGCGCGAAAAUGUACUUUGCUAGAACUGGGUGGCUGACCAUUGCCCUGUUGCCAACUCCCGUUGCUUUCUUCUUGCUGGCUGGAUUAGGCAAUUCAAUGGCGUUGCGCGUAGGAACUGCAUUAAUCGGGUUGAGUUCGGGGUUCAUAUUUGCUGCCGCAGUUUCAGUAACAUCUGAGCUCUUUGGACCGAAUAGCGUAGGCGUAAAUCACAACAUUCUCAUCACCAAUAUCCCGAUUGGGUCACUAGUUUAUGGGGUUCUUGCUGCAAUGGUUUAUGAUGGGAACGCAGGUAGAGGCCUGAACCUGAAAUUAAAGUUUGCAGAAUCAGUAGUAUGCAUGGGGAAGCAAUGCUAUUUCUUAACGUUUGUGUGGUGGGGUUGCUUGUCCAUUCUGGGGUUAGUUUCGAGUUUGCUAUUAUUUCUAAGAACCAAGCAUGCUUAUGACGCUUUUGAACGGAAUCGUGCAUCGGCAGAGACUUCUCAUGAGAUAGCUAGCUGAAUAACAAUUACUAGUAUAUAUUUCACGGUCACAGUCACAGAGAUCAGUUUUGCUUGCAUAUUAUAUCUUGUGCGAAC